CAACGCGUGGUUCUUUCACGUUGCCGAGUGUAGCGCAGCCGCUCCGCGUUUUUAAAGAUUUAACCGGCGCUCUUUUACAUGUUUUAACCGGAAUCGCCGCUCCGCGUCUGAGACUGAGGCCGGACUGCUCUGGGGCUGGAGAGGAGCGCGCGCGUGGCUCCGCGGCCGAGAAGGGAUCGUUAGACAGCACGUUGCGGCGGACCUGAGGCGUGUUUGCUGGAGCAGAAAUGGCCACCGAGGUGGAGACUCUGCCGCCGAACAACCCGCUGCUGCAGCCGGAGGAACCGCAGCACAAAGACGGAGAGUACCCGCUGCAGGAGCGCCACACCGCGGACAGCGGCAGCCCCGGAGCCGGGCAGGAGGAGCAGGCGGCCGGCAGGGAGAUCAGCGAAGCCCCGCUGCCCAAGGUGAACCCGUGGACCAAGAAGAUGAGCGGCGUCAACGGCCAGCCGGCGGCAGAGCAUUCUGGGCCAACAAAGGUGGUGAAGGCGGGAAACAGCAGACUGAGGAGAGGAGGAAAGGUGGGCGACUUCGGGGACACCAACAACUGGCCGACCCCUGGAGAGAUCGCCACUAAAGAAGUGCAGGUGCUGAAGAAGCCGACGGUGAAGCGCGAGCCCAAAGGGAAGCGGGAGAGUGAAGAGAGCAAAGAGAACCUGAAGAGCAAAUCAGACGACUCCGGAGAAGACAAGAACACUGACGAGGAGUCUCAGAGGAGCAGCCACAGGAGGAGAGGUAAUAAGCAGCGCUGGGUUCCUCUGAUGAUCGAGGUGAAGGCUGAGGGUCCCCGCGAGCGCUCUGCCUCCAGGAACAACACUCGCCCGUAUGACGCUCACAGAGGCACACACAGCAGCAGGAACGGCCUCAGAGACUGGCCGAGCGAGCGCUUCGAGCAGGAGCUGAAGGACGACCAUGACGAGGUGUCGAGUGUGAAGAGCGACGGAGCGCCGUACAGGGCUGGGGCCCGGGGUCGAGGGCGUGGCCGGGGGCGUGGCCGGGGGAGAGGCCGAGGCAGGGGUCAUUAUGACUACUACAGCUAUAAGGGCAGUGAGGGGAAGGAUGGCGCGUACGCACAGAAGUUCGGCAACUCCAUGACCUACUACUACGACAACAUGAGCAGCGCCGAGCUGUACUCAGUGGACCAGGACCUGCUGAAGGACUACAUCAAGAGGCAGAUCGAGUACUACUUCAGCGUGGACAACCUGGAGCGGGACUUCUUCUUGCGCAGGAAGAUGGAUGAGGGCGGCUUCCUGCCGGUGUCUCUGAUCGCCAGCUUCCACCGUGUGCAGGCGCUGACCACCGACGUCAGCCUCAUCCUGCAGGCGCUGAAGGACAGUAAGGUGGUGGACAUCAUUGAUAUGAAGAUGCGCUGUAAGGAGGAACCGCAGAAGUGGCCGCUGCCGGACCUGUGUCUGCCGGAUCAGGCCCAGACCGACUUCGCCCAGUUCAUCCACUGCCCAGAGUUCAUCCCGCGCCACCUGCCGGCCUCACCCUCGCCCGCGGGCACGCCCCGCUCCGGCACACCGCGCUCCUCCACCCCGCACCAGGAGCUCUGCAGCCUGAAGAUGAUGCCCAAGGGUCUGUCCGCCAGCCUGCCCGACCUGGACUCCGAGUGCUGGAUAGAGGUCAAGAAGAGGCCACGGCCCUCACCAGCACGACCCAAGAAGGAGGACGUGCGCUGUGUGCUGCAGAUGGGUCAGGUGUCUGCAGAGGAGCAGGAGGAGCCGGAGGAGCUGGACUUCAUGUUUGAUGAGGAGAUGCAGCAGAUGGACGGCCGCAGAAACACCUUCACCGAUUGGUCAGACGAGGACUCUGACUGCGAGAUCGAUGACCGGGACGUCAACAAGAUCCUGAUCGUGACGCAGACGCCACCGUACCUGCGCAAACACCCCGGCGGAGACCGCACCGGGCACCACACCUCACGCUCCAAACUCAGCAGCGAGCUGGUCAAGAUCAUCAACGACGGGCUCUUCUACUACGAGCAGGACCUGUGGGACGACAGCGGAGAGCCCGAGUACGCUAUCAUAAAGCAAGAGGUGGAGAACUUUAAGAAGGUGCACCUGAUCAGCAGAGAGCAGUUUGACUGUCUGACGCCUGAACCACCGGUCGACCCCAACCAGGAGGUGCCGCCGGGACCCCCGCGGCCCACGCAAAGUAAGAUUCACACACUGUUCCCCACUGAAGCUCUGGCUAAUAAGCUGUUUGGUGCCCCGGACCCGUCCUGCAUGGCCCGCUCUCUGCCCACCACCGUGCCGGACUCCCCCAGCCACCGCAGCGCCCGGACACCCCGAACCCCCCGCACGCCACGACUCAAAGACGCCCAGACGCCGCGCUUCUACCCCGUGGUGAAGGACGGACGCCCGCUGGAUGCUAAGACGCCGCGCAAGAGGAAGACGCGCCACAGCUCCAACCCACCCAUGGAGUGCCAUGUAGGCUGGGUGAUGGACUCCAGAGAACACCGCUCCCGCACCGCCUCCGUCAGGUACACACACACACACACACACACACACACACACACACACACACACACACACACACCUGAUGACUGCGACACACUCUGCCGUGUGCUGCCCUCUGCUCCGCCGCCGUGGUGCUGGUGUGUGGCUCAGACGCGGGACUCUGCUGCUCGGCUUCAGCUCAUCUUCCUCCUCACACUGCAUCAAACAUUGAUAGAUACUGGACGACUAACACACGGCGCUGAUGAUGAUGAUGAUGAUGAUGAUGAUGGUGGUUUUAUGUUGCCUGUUUCUGGAGUCGCCGCCGCCGCCAUUUUGGAGCAUUUAACCAUUGUGGAGCCGCGAGCUUCACUGACACUGAGGACCUGCUGCCAAAUACAUACCUUCCUGCAGGAGUGUGUGUGUGUGUGUGUGUGUGUGUGUGUGUGUUACAGCAGACGGCCUGCGGUCAGACAUGAAGCAUUCCUCUGGCAGUGGCGUCAGUACAGCCGAGCGCCGUCAGACUGUUGAUCUCCUGUACAUAUGAGUUGAGAGGCUGUGUGUGUGUGCUGCGCUGUGUGUAGAGAUCUCUCUGCUUCUGUCCUCUUAUAUGCGGCGCUGACGCGCUCACCGCCCUCUGAUUAUGGGUAUGUUUUAGUAUCACUCUUGCUUUCUUCAGCGUGACUAAAGGGAAACGGACCUCCAUCAUGUGAAGAAGCAGAGCCAAACAACCCCCCCCCCUCUCUCCCUCUGCCCCCCCCCUAUCUCCCUCUCUCCCUCUCUCUCCCCUGAUGAAGAUGAUUGAGUAGGUUCCUCUAGAUCUCUGCUUGAUGAUGAGCGGUGUGUGUGUGUGUGUGUGUGUAUGUUGCUGAUGGCCGUCUCCUGUAUGGAGUGGUCUUCAGUGGUCUGCCUUACGCUCAGAUGAUCAGCUGAGCUGUGUUUGGCUCCAUCACGCUGUCUGUGCUGUUGUUUGGGUUUCAUCAUUUCUUUUUCACAGGCGUCAGCAUUUCCCAGUCCACCAUCUCCUCCAUCACUGAGAACAGCAGCUGGUCGGUGUGUGUGUGUGCGCGAGUGUGUGUGCGAGUGUGUGUGUGUGUGUGAUUAAAGCGCUCCGCCACUGAGAGCGAGAUGGAGCCGUGCCAAUCCCUGAAGAUGAUCAGCGCUCACACAUGAUGGAGGAGCGGAGCUGCAGGGCUGAACUCUGCUGUCCUGAGCGGCUCGGAGCUCUGCUUUGCUGUUUGUGCUGUUUGUAAUUUGUAGGAAAUUUUGCUUUUCUUUUAAUAAAUGAAAAACAUGAAAAGGUCA